UACGAACAUUUUUUGCGCAACCACCUGUAGAGAGGUUCGUUCCUAUUGGCCUAUUUCAAAUGUUUGUGCAGGGCUGAAUGCGGCCUUGUGUUUUUCAAUACAGCGUCAUCUUUCGGUGGGGGAUAUUACGAACACGUGCAAAACCGUUACAAUUUUUGAUUUAUGUACAAUGAAUACAUUAGGCUCGCUUGAAUUAAAUAAAGUUGAACAGGAUUUAAGUGAAAUUGAGAGAAGGUACAACAAACCUAGUUAUGGAACUUUAAUGGAUAACUGAUGCAGGAGUUCGAUACCGUAGGAAUUGUACCCAAUGGAUCAACCAAAGAAGACAUAAUCAAGAGCUCAUUAAUGGUUAUAAACAUGUACCGCAAGUUGAUAUUGCAACAGCGAGAUAAUAACACUAUCGUUAAUAAACUCAAACUCGAAAACUCGAUUUUAAAGAACAAAAUUGAAGUGUUGCAAGAAGAGCUGCGUAAUCGACUGUCGUCGUUUGAAAGGUUGCAUCAAAAGCUAGCAGUGGAAAAACUCGGUGUUGACAAUUUAGUACAAGAAAAGCAAACUUUGCUGAACGAAGUGCAAACCUUAAAAAGUGUUUUACUCUACAAAGAGAAAGUGUGGAAACUCAAGCUAAAUCAGAUGAACGAUAAUGAGGCGAUUUCGUUGAAUAAAAAUAGUGAGGAACGAUACAAGGCUCUGAUUUUGAAACUGCACAAUGUAAAUCGGGCUCUAAUUGGAGAACUAACAAAUUUUGGGUCUAAUAAGACUUUAGCUUCUAUGGAAAUUGGGUCACUAGACUAGAUUGUAAAAAGUUAGAAUGGAUAGAUUCGAAACCGCUUCGAACGCAUCAAGUUCGAAUCUAUCCAGCAUUUCGGGACUGACCGGGUUCGAGGACGAGUUCUGCGAUCUCAAGUCGGUCAUAAGGGAGCCCUCGUUGAUUUUAGACUUGCCCCACUUUCAGGAGAAUUUAAAGUUUAAUGAUUUGCAAACGGCGCUCGAGCUCAACGAGAAGUAUCGCCAUGAUUUUUAUAAUUUGGAAACGAAAUUGGAAUCCGUUAAUCGGGAGAAAGUGCAGAGAUUGUGUGAUCGCAUCGUGCAGCUUGAAGCACAGCUGGCGGUCACGAGUGGCGAGUUGACGACACGCGAGUGUAACGAGAUGAAUCGUUUACGCGAUGAAGUUCAUCAGUUGGAGUUGUCGAACAACGCCUUGAAACUUUCGCUUGAGGAACACCGAAUUGAUCUCGACACUAAAAGUACGUCCGUUACUGCGUUGAAACGGAAGAUUGUCGAUCUCCACGUUGAGCUUCAGCUUUACACGCGUAACAAUAUUAAGUUAAAUAACGACUUGCGGGUUUUACGUAACGAAUUUAAUUCGUCUAAAAAAUCGGAGGUGUGGUACAAGGAGCGUUUGCACGAGUGCCGUACGGACAAGGCCAGACUGGUCGACGAAAUGUCGCAAUUACACUCGUUGCUGAUCGGUAAAGAACGUGAAUUGAACGCGCAGAACAGUAAAUCUUUGUAUAUCACUGCCACGCUCGAAGAUUUACAGGUGGCCUACGAUCGUCUUUCGAAAGUGCCCGACCAACUGCCCGAUGUUCAAAUGUACGAGACGACCAUCGGCAAUUUAAAUCUCGAGCUAGCGACGUUGAAACGUGCGGUCGGCUCUCAGCAGGAGUCGUUCGAUGGAAUCGCGAAGCAGAACGUGGAAUUGGCGGCGCUUAACGCUGAUUGUUCGAGGAGUAUAUUCGAGAGGGACGCGAUCAUUUCAAAUCUGGAGAACGACAAUAGCGAUUUGCGCGGAAAAGUGGAGAUUUUGGAGGGUGAGCUUUUCAACUUGCGUGGUUUGAUGCGGGGAGUCGUCGAGGGUAAGUUGCGGGCCGAAUGCGCUCUUAAAGAAGCCCAAUGUGAAAAGUCGGAAAUGGAGCGGGCGGUUGCGGAAAUACGCGACAACUUUUCAAGGUUCGCAGAACGCUUUCGUCAAAUUCAAGGUCGACUGUUUAAAGCCGAUCAGUCGACGAAGACGUUGGAGGCGGCGCGACGCGACGCCGAAAACGUUAACGAGAAGUUAUCCCGCGACGCUCGGACGUACUGCGAUACCAUCGCUCGCAUUCAGGAAAGGCUAGACGGGGAAAUUGAGAAAUCUGCCGGUCUAGUCAGAGACCUGCGGCUGUUAACCGAAUCUAAGGUCGAAUGCGAGACGAAAAAGGCCAUUUUGGAAAGUGAGGUGCGUAAACUAAACAGGAAGAAGAGCGCGGAGAUGGCGAACGUUAAAAAUCGGCUGGUUCAGAUUGAGAAUCGCCUCGAUCGACUGAAAUCGCAGGCGACUUCUGACGAGGAAGACAUUUCCGCGUUGAAAUUGUCGGUUUGCACAAACGGGUCGGAGUGCGGCGACGAUGUGAGACACCUAAAGGCGCUUUGCAAGGCGAAAGAAUCGGAGAUGAAGGAAAAAGAGAAGCGCUUUCAAGCUAACUAUCGCACCUUACUGAGGAAGGUGAAGGAACAUAUGAGGGGGCGACACGUAGCGGAGAAACACUGCAAGUACUUGCAAGAGUUGCACGAUAGUUUAGCGGAGGAAUUGAGCACAAGUAAACUUCAGAAAGCCACACAUGCCUUCGACUUACAUAAUUUGCGUAGCGAAUGCGAAAACUUGACGAAUUCUAACGUGAAGCUGAAGCGAGAAUAUUCCAUUUUAAAGGAGGAAGUGGCAAAGUACAAAAAUGAGGCCCUCCACCUAGAAACCUCAAUUAAAAACCAGGCUUGCGAUUACAAACAGCUCGAGGAACGAAAUCAGAGUCUAUCCCAGAAGCUUGUCGAUAUCCACCGUGAGUUCUCCGAAUUGGAACGUAAACUCCACAGCGAAGAGCAGGCGAAAGCUCACACCUUCGCCAGUUUGACGCUCGAGCAACAACGGAAUGGAGACCUCGCGGCGUCGCUCAACGAGAAGGAAACGGCGUCGCAACGCAACAAGGCCGAAAACGACAUGCUAAAGGACGAGCUCGACGGCCUCAAGAUGAAACUGACCUGCAAUUCGAACGAGCUGACCGAGUUACGCGAGCAGAAAAUCUUUUCGGACACGAAACGAAAACUCGAGCAAAUCAUCAUCGACAAUCUCAAGUCGGACGUUCGGGUCCUCGAGAACGAUCUCGACGCCGUCAAGUCGGACAAGUACUUUCUGCAACGGCUCUGUAAUGACCUUAAGUUCGCGCUGACCUCUUCCAAAAAUCAAAGCGAGGCGUUGAAGAAGCAGCUGUCCGUGUUACCGCCCGAGGCGCGUCCGCCCGUUCCGGAGCCGUCGAGCGCGUGUAAGUACGACGAGGAGUUCAUAAACGAGCUCCUGAAGCGAAGUCUUACGCCUCGAAGCGAGAGGCCUCUCUACGAACUCCACAACAAUCUCAAUCUGUUAAAGAAGGAGAUGCUUUCAUUACAAAAGCAGGUCGUCGGUUAUAAUUUGUAAAGAUUUCGUUCGGCUAGUCAAAUGUGGAGCGAGGAAUUUUAAAAGUCUUCCAAUUAUUAGAAUGUGAUUUUUAAGUAUUAGUAUUAUCAUUGCAGAAGUAUUUUUAUAAUGUUUUUUUUUGUUUAUACCUUAAUUUUAAUUAAUGCGUAAACGUUUUUGCAAUUGCAUAAUUUAAAAUGUGGUGAUUGUUAUUGUUAUGUGAUAAAUAUAAAAUGUAUCUUUGUCAUAUGGCAGGGCACACUUGA